AGAGACGAGGGCCCGUGGUUGUAUUUUACAGAUAUGAGCGACGAGGCAUCAGCACAGCAAUUAACGGAGGUAGCACCAGCUGCACCAGCUCCGCUGGAAAUACCAGGGGAGAACCCUCAAGAGCAGCAACAACAGCCUGUGGAGCAACAGGCUGUGGAGCAGCAACAACAGCAGCAACCCGUGGAAAGCUUGCUGGAUGCCGACUCCAUCAAACUACGAGAGCUUCAACAGCAACUAGCUCAACAGGAACAGGAUGUGUCAGAACAAGCGUCUGAUGUUGAUGCGCGGUCCAUCUACGUGGGAAAUGUGGACUACGAGUCGAGUCCCGAAGAGCUGCAAAGGCAUUUCCAAUCGGUUGGUGUGAUCAACAGAGUGACUAUCCUCUUGAACAAAUUCACAGGCCAACCAAAGGGAUUCGCCUAUAUCGAAUUUGCCGAGCCUGCUGCCGUCACGGAAUCGUUGUUACUCAACGAUUCUGUCUUUAGAGGGAGAAACUUGAAAGUGGCACCAAAGAGAACAAACGUUCCAGGUUAUGGUCGUGGUAGAGGACGUGGUAGAGGACGUGGACGUGGUGGAUUUAGAGCUCGUGGACGCGGUAGAUUUAACCCUUACUAAGCAAAAAGAAAACUACCUGUACAUUAUGUGUAUAAUGAUUCCAGCUGUUGUGUGUAAUUUGUGUAUUAAACAAUGUUACCCGUUGUUGAGACUUUCUAGGAUGUCGCAAGACAAUAACUAUGUACUAUUUCAAUACAAUAUUGCUGCUGUAGUACCAACAACUGAGAAUAUGGCACUGAACACUAUGAUUAUCCAGCAUUCAACUCUUUCCCUGUUGGUGAUGGUGUCUUUACAGAUGGUCAUGUAAAAGAUGGCAGGAAGGAUCAAACAUAAGAGGAAACAUAAACCAGCCCCCAUAAAUGCUAUAAUCUUAUCAAAUGCAGGGAACAUUAUGGCAAUGAUGACGAAUAAGGCGUUGACAAAGAUGCGAACAGAGAUCUUGAGCGUUAAUCUCC